CCGCCACACCACCUACAACAGCACAGCACAGCACACCCAGUGAGAGUGAGCCCGUUCCGCCAUACUCAUCCAGCUACCCAGCCACACACCUCCGUGCUCUCCCAGCCACGACCACCACCUGCAGGCCAUGCUGAGCGGCAGGAUGAACUCGGCGGCCAGCGACGACUACCAGUUCGCGGCAAUGCAGCAGCAGCAGCAACCCCCGCAACCCUACCUCGGGUUCGACCACGCCGCCAUGGUGUCCGCCAACGCGGGAGGCGGCCAGCGCGGCCACCAGGGGACCAUGAUGUACGACAACUUCGACUUCGCGGCGGCGGCGGCCGCCUUCGGGCAGUUCCAGCAGGAGGCGGCGCCGCACCACCACCACCAGAUGCUCGCGCUCCCGCCGCCGAACGUCCCCGGCGGUGGGCUGAUGGCGCCCCCGCCCAUGCCCCACGGCAUGCAGCUCCAGAUGCCGCCCAUGCCCAUGGCCAUGCACGGCGGCGACCUGUACCCCGCGCUCGGCAUGGUGAAGCGCGAGGGCAGCGUCAUCGGCGGAGCAGACGCGGGGAGGAUCGGGCUCAACCUCGGCCGCCGCACCUACUUCUCCCCCGGGGACAUGAUGGCCGUGGACCGGAUGCUGAUGCGGUCCCGCCUCGGCGGCGUGUUCGGGCUCGGGUUCGGCGGCGCGCACCACCAGCCGCCCCGGUGCCAGGCGGAAGGGUGCAAGGCCGACCUCUCCGGCGCCAAGCACUACCACCGCCGCCACAAGGUGUGCGAGUACCACGCCAAGGCGUCCCUCGUCGCCGCCGGCGGCAAGCAGCAGCGCUUCUGCCAGCAGUGCAGCAGGUUUCACGUGCUCACCGAGUUCGACGAGGCCAAGAGGAGCUGCCGGAAGCGGCUAGCCGAGCACAACCGUCGGAGGAGGAAGCCCGCCGCCAGCAGCAACACUGCGGCCGGGUCCAAGGACUCGGCGCCGCCUUCCAAGAAACCCAACGCCGGCGGCGCCAUGUCCGGCUCCUACACCGCCGACAACAACAAUAUGAGCGCGGCCAAGUCAACCAUCUCGUCGAACACGAGCGCGAUCAGCUGCUUGCAGCAGGACCAGAACAAGGUGGCGAGGCCGACGGCGCUCACCCUCGGCGCGCUGCCGAAUGUGAAGGACGACUACCAGCUCAACGCGAUGCAUCUCCAAGCCCAAGCCGACCACCACCACCGUCACCAGGAGCAACAGCACUUCAUCACCUCCCUCCUCCACAGCAGCAACACCAACCACAACAUCCUGUCGUGUUCAUCGGUGUGCUCCAGCGGGUUGCCAUCGGCGGCGGCAGCCAACGGCGAGGACUCCGACCAGAACAACAACGAUGGCGGCGGCAGCAACAACAACGGCAAUAACAUGCAUCUCUUCGAGGUGGACUUCAUGUAGAUGCGAUGUCAGCUAGCUAAGCUGCACAUGAAGUGGCGAGUGUGGUAGUACUUUAAUUAAUUUGUGUGUAGGUAAAAGAAGAAGUAAAACAGGAGAGCCAAAAAAUCAAGGGUAUAGUCCAAAGUAUCAAGUGAUGUCAUCGGCUGCCAAGUGAUCAGUGCAAAGGAAAGGCUGUGCUAGCUAGCGUGCUUGCUUUGUUGCUUGGCUAAGCAAUGCGAGACUUUCUUUUCCUCUCACCACCCCUGCAGUGCUCCUGUAGUAACUGCAAGCAAGCAUGCCUUUCUGUUUCAGUGAGGAAAUAAUGUUUGUGUUCUUGUAUUUUUUUUUCUUUUUUACUUCGGUGUAUGUGUAGUACCAGUCCUUUUAUCUCCUACAGUUAAUCAACAGAGAUGUGACUAGCUCCAUAAUUACAGUUAC